AUGGAGCUAUUUGCUUCAGGUGUUGCCUGUGUGCUUAUCCUAACGGUGUGGGAAGUGGUUGGAGAACCUGAAGGACGUUCUAAUUCUACAAGUAAAUCUGAGGUUGAAGCCCGGUACGAUCACUACGAAGACAUAUUCCGAUACUGGUGGCCAUGGUUUAGUGAUCUUUGGACGGUCGUUGCCAUAAAGCUCAAGAUCUGGAUUCUUCUGGUGGCGAUGCACGUGUUCGGCGAUGGGUACUACUGGACCAAGUGGAAUGGUUCGAGUGUGUUUGAUAAGAGUAGUCAAUACGUUCAACAACCUCCCGGAUUUGGUUGGGGUCGUCGUCGUAAGCGUAGAGACGUUCGGAUGAAUGCAACAAGUGGCAACAACGACAUGGCAGAGCUGAUAUUUGACAAACUAGACAUCAAUGAUGAUACAUGUCGGAGGCGUAUCGUGUGUGAACUUUAUCUCGAAGGCAAGCGUGUGCCAGAAAUUUGGAGAGUUUUGCAAGACUCGGGCUGUGAAGUGUUUCGUGCCUAUCGGCCUAAAAUUUCCGUGAAAAGUUCAUCUGAGUGCAGCAAGCACUACAAUUGUCAGCUGCAUAAGAUAAGGGAUGAUGUGGGGCGAUUAGGAUCAAUUAAUGGGCCAGCAGAAAGCGAUGAUUGGAGAUGGCCACGGUAG